CCAGGUCGGUCGCGGGGGCUGUCGCUGCAAUGACUGACGUCAACCACGAACGCAUCUUCUGCGCCGAGCAGAUAAACGUCCCACAGGAACUGCCCCUCGUGCUUAAGGAGUUCACGAAAGAGGUCAGCGGGCGGCAAAAACGACAAUGAUUGACUCGUGAACUAUUUCACCGUAUUUGCCUGCCCAGAUCAUCAGAAGGAACCCCGUGGAGAGCGAAAAGGGUGCGCAAGACGGCAGAAUGUCUCUCUACUGACGGUUUGGUGUCUGUCUCACUGUCUGUGUGUGUCCGUCGCCAAUAUGAAGAUGUUGAGCUGGCGAAGCAGAAAAUCUAUGAGUGGGCAGCUGAGUACUUCAGGAAGAAGGCAAAUGGUAAGCCUCCCGCCCACGCAAGAAGAGACGGAUGACACGCAUGCGACCAUGGUCCUUUCUCGCGUAUGCAGAUCAGAGCAAAGAGUUGAAGAACUGAUCACCUGCUGCCUCUGCGUGAUGUCUGCCGCGCAACCGACAUGAAUGUUUGACAAUUACCUGAAUAAUCCAUCCCCACGG